CGCGUCCAAACCGGAAGCUCUGUCUGUUCUCGUGUUGUGGUUGCUGUGGUGUAUUUGCUCCCAUUUCUAUUUAUGUAAUAUCUUCGUCAUGCAUUACGAUGCAAAAAGGGACCACGGCUGAAAUGAACGAGCCACCUUCCUGAAACGAGCUGAAGCAUCAUGCUAGUGAACUUUGAUGUGCGGUCCUUCUGCCAAAACCUACGCGCGACGAAGCCCCCGUAUGAGUGUCCGUUGCAGAACUGUGGUCGCAUUUACAAGACCUACUCGGGUAUUCAGUUUCACCUCUACAACUUCGAUCACGAUGGCAGCAACGGUGGACUAUCACCGCACACACCGACGGCAGUGGGCAACAAGAAAGGCAGCAAGCGGGGCCGCUGGCACCAUCGCCAGAAUCGGCGGUCCCCUACGCCGCCCGAAUUCGCGGCUCCGACCGCGGCGGUUGCCCGGGAGGGCCUCACGUACGCGGAGGCCCAAAAGAUAGUGGAAGUGGAUCUUGACGGGUGCCUGCACCGCAUCAACAUAUGUGAGCCGCUCGAUAUUGUGAUGCUGGAUCCUGCAGAAACAAAGACGCCCGAGAAAGCUGUGGAAGAGAAGCCACCAAAGUCGCCGACGAAAGGCAAGAGUGGUAAAAGUAAGGACCACACGAAGCAAAAGAAGGACGCAAGCGCGGGAAAUGUGGUCAAGCUCCCCGAAGCGUCGUUUAGGAUUGUGUCGGACUAUAACCCUCCCGAUGCGCCGAAGAGGCCGGCAUCGUACUACAGGUUCAUCGAAAAAUCAGCCGAGGAACUGGACGAAGCUGUUGAGUAUGAUAUGGAUGAAGAGGACUGUGCAUGGCUGCAGCUGAUGAAUGACCAGCGGCAUGCAGAGGGGCUUUCGGAAGUUGGGGCGGACACUUUUGAGCUCCUGAUGGAUCGGCUAGAGAAGGAGUCCUACUUCCAAAGUCAGAACAGUGGCCGUGACCUAGGACCUUCAAUCGACGAAGAUGCCGUCUGCUCCAUCUGCAACGAUGGCGAAUGUCAGAACUCCAACGCCAUUCUGUUCUGUGACAUGUGCAACCUUGCUGUACACCAGGAGUGCUACGGGGUGCCCUACAUUCCCGAGGGCCAGUGGCUGUGUAGGCGUUGUCUGCAGUCGCCCUCGAGAGCUGUCUCGUGCGUGUUAUGCCCGAACGCGGGAGGUGCGUUUAAACAGACGGAGGAAGGCAAGUGGGCUCACGUCGUCUGCGCCUUGUGGGUGCCCGAGGUUUGCUUUGCCAACACCGUAUUCCUGGAACCCAUCGACGGCCUAACCAACAUUCCGGCUGCGAGAUGGAAGCUCACUUGUUACAUCUGUAAACAGCGCGGCGUCGGCGCCUGUAUCCAGUGUCAUCGGGCCAACUGCUACACCGCGUUCCAUGUGACGUGUGCCCAGCAGGCAGGCCUGUACAUGAAGCUGGAAGAGGUGAAAGAGAGCGGGGGCGGUGGACCAUCUUUCAAUGUCCGCAAGACAGCCUAUUGCGACGUACACGCCCCCGCUCACGACGACGCCGUGAGUAUCGACGGCCUUGUCGUUUCGUGUAGAAGGGAUCCCACGGGGGACAGCGACGGCGAGGGCAAGAUGGAUGUCGUCAAGAAGGCCAAGGCAAAAGCCAAGUCCCGCGAGAAAAUGCGGAAAGCCCGGAAGAUCCUGGCUGAGAAGCGAUCUGCCGUGCCAGUUGUUUCAAUUCCAACCAUCCCAAAUGACAGGUUAUCAAAAAUUGCCACGAUGACAAAUAUGGCUAAGAAGCAUCAGUUCCUACAGCGGUUACUGGGAUACUGGACAUUGAAGCGGCAGUCUCGUAAUGGAGUUCCAUUGCUGAGGCGACUGCAAAUGACACACCAGGCACGAAGGGAUCCUAGCUCGGAUGAGGAAGCAUGGGCGUUGCGGGAACAACUCAAGUACUGGCAGCGGCUCCGGCAAGAUUUGGAACGGGCUCGUCUCCUGGUAGAGCUGAUUCGCAAGCGUGAGAAACUCAAGCGAGAGCUGGUGCGGCUCGACCAGCGCGCCUGCGAGGCACGCCUGCAGCCCUUCACCAUACUCUUGGGACAAUUGCUCGACCAGCUCAGGCAGCAGGACACGCAGGAGAUCUUCGCUGUUCCUGUCGACCUGCAGGAGGUGCCGGACUACCUGAACUACAUCGAGAAACCGAUGGACUUUUCCACAAUGGAGCAGAAGCUGAAAGCGCAGGAGUACAGGACACUGGACGAUUUUGAAGCUGACUUUCACCUUAUUGUGCGGAACUGCAUGGCUUACAACUCCAAGGAUACCAUGUACUACCGGGCAGCCGUCAAGCUACAGCAUCAGGGAGGUGCCCUGAUCAGGCAGGCCAAAAUCCAAGCUGAGCGUUGUGGCUACGACUAUACGACCGGCAUGCAUACAACCACACCACCUUCAACUUCCCACGUUGCAGAGUCCUCGGAGGAUCUGGAUACACUCCUCCAGUCGGCAGCCUGGCAGCGCAUGGACACACAGCAGCAGCUGGACACAAUGCGUUCGAAGCAUGACCACGCGGCAGCUACGAUUCGACACGCCGGCAUGCGCGCAAAGCGCUGCAGACAGAUCAAUUGCUACAUCAUGAACUUGAGACGGAAGCUCUUGCACGAGAAGGAGAAGAGCAAAAAGCAAGCAGCAUCACGUGGUGGAGAUGUGUCUGACGGCGACAGCCGGGUCGGUGCUUCCACUGCCGAAACAGAGGGUGGCGACGAUGAAUCUUCUUCCUCCUCCUCCUCGUCCUCAUCUUCAGAAUCUGAAUCCUCUGAGCCACCAGCCCCGCCCCCUCCUCCGGCUAAGUCCCGGAGAGGUCGACCGCCGAAGCACCGUCCGCCCGCUCCGGCCGAGCCGUCGCCCGUGAAGUCUCCUCCUCGCCUAGGUGCCCCAUCCCCAAAGGGGGGUAAGGGCCCCAGAGGCACCCCCCAGAAACAGACUCUGAAGGGGUCUCCGACGCCCCCAGUCCUGACGCCCCAAGUACCUGCACCUGCGCCCCUUCCCGGAGAAGCAUCGCGUGGUGCCAAAGGACCUGGACGACCACAGCUUCAUCCUCGUGCUGGGUCACCCCCACCCUCUUCUGAAGAUGGUGGUAGUGUUGGGCCAUCCAGGCCCAAGCGCAAGCUCACAGAGCGGCAGUCCAGCCUGCAAGAAGAGGGCCGUGAAAGUCGCAGUCGCACCUUCCUUAAACGAUCGCGCUCAGAAAGUGAAGCCCCGUUACCGCCAAAAAAUGCACCAUCAUCUAGUGAAAGAACAGAGAGCACAGCUGCGGACGCAGUCAGCGAAAGCAGCACAAGCAGUAACGAAGAGAGCGGAUCUCUAACGGGGGUGAACCGAAGAACAAGCGUGCUCUUUCGUAAGAAGGGGUCGGCACCAAACUCACCCGUGAAGCGUGUCAGCCGGGGGAGACGUAGCACCGACGAUCACCGCAACGAGGCAGAAACCACGACCAACGUGUUUGCGGCAGCCGCUGCUACAACUGCGGAGUCUAACCUCUGCGCUGGAGGUGCAAUAUCCAGUGAAGCACGGCCAUUGAUAACGACGCCGAAGAAACGGGGCCGCGUAGCCAGCCUAAGCAGCAGCGCGACGUCGACGCCCAGUCUCACCACCGCCCCGUUCCUAGCACAACCUGUGCCUCAGACAGACAGCUUCAAGGUCUACCGCUCUACUACCCAUGAACAAGGAAGUGACUCGGACAAAGAGUCGUCAAGCUCUUCGUCCGCCUCCGCUUCGAGCAGCAGCGACCUGUCUGACAGCCAAGAGGCAAGUGAUGCAGAAGACGACGACGACGGAGAGGACGGAACCAAUCACAGCACAGCUACCUCUACUAACACUAGCCUGAGAAACGAAGCGGGUGCGAUAGUGGGUGAACAGGCCGAAAGAUGUGUGGAAAAAAAUGCACAAACGUGUAAAGCAGGGUGGGCACAGUCCAACGGCUGGUCUCAGGAUGACCAACAGCUGAUUCCGCUGGAGCCACUGGACUUGGUUUGGGCCAAAUGCAGGGGUUACCCCUGGUAUCCAGCACUGAUCAUCAACCCCGAGAUGCCAAGAGGCGGCUUCACUCAGAACGGGGUCCCUAUACCAGUUCCGCCUGAGGAAGUGCUUCAGCUCAGGACCAACUACCAGGAGCCCGUCUAUCUCGUGCUGUUUUUUGACACCAAGCGGACUUGGCAAUGGCUACCACGGAACAAGCUGGAACCGCUCGGUGUGGACACAGCGAGAGACAAGGCGAAGCUUGUGGAGUCCAAGAAGCCGGCGGAGCGCAAGGCUGUCAAGAAGGCCUACGAGAACGCCAUCCUUCACCGCUGCCGCGUCACCGGAGAGUCCACGGGCUUGUCCGGAGACUCCAGCACAGAGGACUGAUUAUUUUUCUUCCUCCCUCCCCGGCUUCCUUCUCCUCCUCCUCCUCCUCCUCCACCUCAUUUCUGGAAUUUCAAUCCGAGGAUCGUCUACGGGCACGAGCCAGAUGCGAGGGCACUUGCUCGUGUCAUUCAGGUCAUUCCAGCAUUGUCCAACGAGGACACUGUCGUCUGUUUCCGGAACACAGGCGGCACUAAUAUGAACACAGCAAGAAGAACCCAGCCUGUUAGAGAAGUUAGUAAUUUUAUUGGCCAUGCCGCACCAUCAAACCUCGUUGCCCAUUCUCGUGAGAGUUGUAGGAAUCUUCAGGCGCAUUGUAGGAAUGAGUGUCCCUGAUACUUUCAACAUCUCUUGCAGACAUUUUGGGACUGUACUCUUAGAGUACGACUUAUAUUCUGUAGUGUCGGCCUGACAGAGCUCUGCUUGCUUUGUUGGUGGUGCAAAGUGUUCUUAAGUUCCUUGGUGAGAUAUCUUUCGAAGUGCUUUUCACCCAGAAUUGCGCAUUUUCUGCAUUAACGCCACUUUUCAUCACACUGUUCACAUAAUGUCACGUUUAGAACUGCAACGCCAGUCAGUCCACAGGGUCGGCACAGGAGGUAGAGCAGAAACACGAAUUGAUCCCUGACAAAAUAUUGUUCUAAGGGUUCGGAGAAGCAGCAUCUUGUCCAAUUUUUAGUGCUUCACAGCAUUCUUGGGCACAACACGAAAUGUAGAACAAGACAGAAAGUGUUGAGCGAGACAGCUCUCAACUUUUUUUUUACACACUGCAUCUUAUCAGGCUCACUUUUAAACGUGACUGUUUGCCCACCGUACACGUUACCACGUAGGCCUAGACUUGUCGGAUUUCAUUCAACAUAAAAUCAGAGAGCAGCAACUUUAUGCAGACUGAUGAGUUGAUGAGGAAUAAUGAUUAGCAGUUUUACUCACAUUGGAAAUAUUUAUGGGGGCUACUAUACCAACUAGAAAAACCUGGUGUACACCGAAGAGCUCUUGGUAUUAUGAAGUAUGAAUACACACAAUGGAAAUGCUUGCAGCAGUGAUAAUCUUAGGGACGAAUUAUGUCUGCUCUCAGGGUGUAUUAAAACGCACCAGGAUUGAAAAAAAAAGACCCAGGAUUGAAAAAUAGAAAAGAAAAAAGAUUGAGUGCUCUAUGUAAAUGAAUCCAACAGAACGUAGUUAGCAGUCCCGUAUCCUAGUUGCCAGAAUAUUUUUUUUUUCCAUUAUGCCUAAUUGGAUUAUAUUGAUUAGCCAACUUUUAAACUAUUGGUUUAAGGGACGAGGUGUGAAUUGAAGGGUUGUGGAAUGCAUUGGGGAAAUGCCCCUGAACUUUCCAGCAGACGCCACGGCCCUUACACAGAUAUUUUAGAAGUUAGCUCAUUAAUGUUAUCUAAUUAAUUAGUAGGCACAAUGAUAAAAAUACUGUCGACUAGCAUGCACAGCUCUUAAAAACAUUCAAGUUGGUUUCAUUAGAGCACUCAUUUUUUUUUUUUUUUUUCCUUCUUUUUUUUUAAGUCUUGGAGCAUUUUAGUAGGGACAGCCACACGUCCGUUGUGCUGUGGAAGUUGCCUAAACAAAACGGGAUUUUAAUUUAUAUACA